ACAUCUGAUUCGUGUUCGGCACAAAGGGAAGUAUAUUUGUCGAAUUGAAACGAAGCAUUGAAAAGUGAAGACGCGUUUUACAAUCAAGUGCUGAAAAUUGUGUGUUAUAAUUGAUUUCCAACAUUUUUAGUUGCUUUAAAAACAGCCAAUUAUUUGAAAUAACGCAGAGUAACAUAUUGUAAACAAAAAAAUCAUAACAAAAUGUCGCUAUUCGGCUCAUUAAUGGGAGAUUUCGAUGAUGACCUUUUCAUGGGCAAUCACAUGAAUGCCAUGAACAUGCAAAUGCGUUCGAUGAAUCGUUUGAUGAAUUCAUUCAUGCCCGAUCCAUUCAAUAUGUUGGCACCAUUCGACCCAGGCUUCCAACAGAAUGCGCUCAUGGAGCGUGGCAAUCCACAUGUCGCUAAUCCAAUGGGUGGACUUUUCGGUUUCCCAGCAAUGCCAAAUAUGAAUAGACUACUUAGUGCCGAUAUUGGUUCACCAAACGGCGCCUCAUAUUGCUCUAGCUCAGUGAUUACCAUGUCGUCUGGUCCAGAUGGUCGCCCACAAAUUUAUCAGGCAACAACUAGUACAAAAACUGGUCCAGGUGGCAUACGUGAGACACGUAAAACCGUUGAGGAUUCCAGGCGUGGUAUGAAGAAAAUGGCUAUUGGUCAUCAUAUUGGGGAGCGUGCGCAUAUUAUUGAAAAAGAACAAGACUUGCGUUCCGGUCAGUUAGAGGAGCGUCAGGAGUUUAUAAAUUUGGAAGAAGAUGAUGCAGAGGAUUUCGAUCGUGAAUUUACCAACCGGGCACGUACGGGUGGUGUGCGUGGUGCACGUCCGCAAGAGAUGAUCACUAUUGAAUCGGCUGAUGAUGACGAUGAUGUACGUCCACGUCAUUACAGCAGACAUCACGGUAGUGGUGGACAGCAUCGCAGACAAUUGCCAGCCUUGCCCGCACCGCCACAACAACAGAAUAGCUCGACAUUGUCCCCUUCAUCGUCGCUUGAUUCGUUGAACUCCAACACUAAGAUCAGCAACGGCAACAACAACACCGACACUCUGUCUACGCAGCGCUCAAACGCAAACGUCACCACAAACAACAAAACCACAGCUUCAACACAAAAGGUCAAUAGUAAAGCCAACAACAGCAAUAGCUACUUGAAUACAACGCUUCGUUCUCCCACCGCUGCCGGUUGUCAUCGCGGCAUUACAGCACGUCGUCCAUUGCGUACGCCAUCAUCGUCGCCCCUAGCCACCACACCGACCAAUCAUAGUCACAGCACAGCGCCAACGACAAGUGUACAUCCCCAUCCAUAUAACGCUUCGGCCGCACGCCGCAAUUACCGCUCUAAACACAGCAAACAACACCAAAAGCCACAUCAGCCGCAAACGCUGACCAUAACCGAGGUAAUCGAUGACGACGAUGAUGAAGUGGUGCAGCCGACUGCCGGUGCGGUAAUCGUAGAAGAGGAGGAGGAUGAUGCAGGAUCCGCAACAGUAAUCAAUCCAGCAGCUGCCGCCGCAGCAGCAGCUAAUAGAACGGUUACAAAAUCUCAGAAAUCCACUCAUCAUUAAAACCAUCAUUAAAAUCCAUUAUAUACAUACAUAUAUUAAUUGCGCGUGGUAGUAUGUGUUGUUGGAACGCUGAUAAAUGUACGAACGGACGCAUUAAUUUAAGUAGUUGACCACAUAUUGAUAAUAAUGAAAUGUUCAAAGCGUUGAGGUAUUAAUGAGGCGAGGCGCAAAUGUAGUAGUGGUAUGCGCAGCAGCAAGCGCCAAUUAAUUAUUUAGUUAAAUAGUCGAAGUAAACGUUUGGUAGUUGAGUUGGGGAGCGCGUAGGCAGUUCGCGUAAAAUGCAGCUAUGAUCGUACGUAUUUUUUUAGAAUUUUAAGUAGUGUGGGCAUAUAAGUAAAACAAAACAAAAGCAAAAAAAAAAAACUAUCUUAGGAUAAAACUUAAUAAACCCUUAACAUUUCUUAGUACUGUAUACAAAUAAUUAUCUACACUUUAUGCUGCGCCUGCCCAUUAAUAACACAAAAUUUUAGUUAUUUGUGCUGCGCGUAACGAAAAACACAUAACAACAAAAAUAUUCUAAAGCAGUUGGUUUAUGAAAAGAAAACGUCAAAUUAAUUGUCUGAUUGAUUUUAUGAAUACAUGCUUAUAUGAGUCUUAUGCUGUGCUGUACCGUAGCUGCUGCACUUUUUAAUGCAUAUACAAUUUUAUUAUAACACAUAAUUACUAUAUACAAAACUUAUUUGAUUUCCACCUACACAUAUACAUAUAUAUCGAAAAGAAUAAUAAUAUAAAUUUUAAACAUUAACUAUGUAUAUGAUAUAUGAAGUAUAUUUGUGAAUUUAUUAGCAAUACAACGAGAAAAAAAUGUUUGCUUAAUGAAAUAUGAAAUAUAUCUUAGCUAUUGAUGCAAUGUGAAUUGAGAUGUUGUAUACAAAGUCUAUGACAGAAAGCUUCCAAACCACUGUAGACUGCAUAUGCUAGUUUCAAAAUGCUAGCGUCGAUGAUAUGUAGCGCUACUUAGUCGCUUUUCCAACGCUCUAGUUGGCGAGCAGUGACGGCAAUUUCAUAUGAUAAUACCCUUUAAGUAUAAUUUUAUGCUCCUCUUUUGCUAUGUACAUUCGCUUUUAAAUCGUAAUGAAUAUUUGUUGCUUGCGUAUGUGUGUAAAUCAAAAUUUAUUUUUUCAUAAAUUUAUAAAUUUAUGCGCGCAAUUGAAAAAUAUAUAUUAAAAGAAUUUCCUUAAAAGCUUACAAUUGCUCUGGCCGCAUAAUUAUGCGCCGAAAACUCAAUCAAAAAACAAAAUAAAUAAUAACGGCUAUUGUCUUGCAAUAAGAGCUAUAACGACAUAGAUGAAACGAAGCAACAGCCCAAAAAUGGUAAAAGUAAUAAUAUGUAACAAAUAAUAAUUUGAAAUAUAAAAAAAUACAACUUUA